CGGAAAAUAAUGCUGAGUUAAAUCAAUCAAGCAUCAUUGAUGUAACAGAAGAAACACCCCCAGAAGUGGUUGCAGCAGGAUAUCGCACUGCCACUGGCGACUCACCAACAGUUUUAUUUAGAACAUCAGCACCACUAAUGGUAGAUCAGAUGAAUACCCAUUCCAUAUCAAUUCCAAAUCAAACAAACAGGUCUCAACAAAUCAUUGACAUAACAAGAGGACUGCAUGUUAAUGAAACCAAUGACAAUGGUUUGAAUGACUAUAUACCAGAAACAGCACCAUUUGGUGAUGUUGGACAAAAUCCCUCUGCUGAUGGGUUGAAAGAUGUUCUGGUUGAACAUAGGGAACUGUUCAUAAAAUCUACAUCAGAAGAGGAUCCAUUGCUGAUAGAGGUUCGAAGGGGUUAUGUAUUGGUGGACUCCAUCACCAUCAUCAGAUUCUCAGGAGAUGACCUACAUAGUCCCUUGAGUAUACAAUUUGUAGAUGAAGAAGAUGCAGACUUAGGUGGUCUUAGAAGAGAGUUUUGGAGCCUUUUGCUUCAUAACAUUAGUCAUUCAUGUUAUGUAACAGGAAAACCUGGAAGACAAACAUUCCAAUCUAAUUACCUGGAAAAGAAAAAGAAAACAUUUUUUCACCUUGGUCAGCUGAUAGCCCUGUCAAUAAUUCAAGACGGUCCUGGUUUGCCCAUUUUUUCAGAUAUUGUAACUGACUACAUUAUAAAUGGGCAAACCUCUGUGAUAAAUCCUGAUGAUCUACCUGAUGGACUGAAAGAUGCACUGGAGAAAAUGCAGAAUAGUGCGUCUGAUCGAGAUGCAAAAGAAGCAUAUUCAUCCAUUAUGGAUAUUGCUACAGAUAUUGGGUUUAUAGUACCAAUAACAUCCUUUACUAAAAAACAUGUAAAACCACUGCAAGCAGCUUUUAUCGAAAGUCAGAUUUCCAGCUGCAAAGAUGAGCUAAACCAGUUUAUUGAAGGUUUAGAUACUCAUCAAGUCAUGAGCCUUCUUCGACAGCCAGAAAACAGGGCUUCUGCAAGACCCCUGUUCAGUGGGAGGGUAAAACCCAUCACAGUUGGAAAAUUUAGAAAACUUCUAAAAUUUAAAUAUGCAGAGGGAAAUGCUAAUCCGGACCAGAGGGCCACUGGGAUAGGUUUCUUGACAUUCCUUCAAGCCACCAAGGGAAGAGCAACUGAAAUAAAUGGUAUAAAACUUGAACUGAAAGAUGUCAUGAUGUGGUUAACGGGAUCAACAAUAAUACCAGCCAUUGGAUUCCACAAAUUGAUUGAUGUCGAUUUUGCAGACAGUACUUUUGUAAAUACAUGUGCCCUUGCUUUAACUUUAAAGACACAACCAGACCUAUCAUCAGAAGAUGCAGUUUCCUACUAUACUGAGUUGAUUAUCAACAGUCAAACAUUUACAAAAGAAUAGUUUUUGUCUUUCUUGUUCAUUAUAAACUUAUUGACAAAAUUGUGAAAGGUUUAAUGUUUUUGACCUGUCCAUCAGUGUGAAUGUCAAUUGUAUAUUAUGAUUCAAUCAUUUUCUAGAAUGUAUGCCCAUUUGAGCUUAGAUUUUGCACAAAAUAUACUUGAUCUGUAGAAAACUGUUUCCAUAAAAAAAAAUCAAUGUCUGAAAUCUCAAUAAUAAGCAAACUGACCAAUAAAUUUUUUCUGCAUUUCUAGUUUGUGAAGUUCUAUCUAUUUUUUACAGUCUUAUCAAGCUUGUUAUUUAAAAAUUGAGUAGCGAACAUCUUUAACACUUUUUGUGUAACUUUGAAGCACAAUCCCAGAGGUUUCUGAACAAAUAUAUAUAGAAAUUAAAAACCAAUUGUUUAGAGAACAAUUGAAAGUCUUUUCACAUCAAUUUUCAAAGAUAUUGAAAAGAAGCUAGUUCCGGUUUACUCAAAGUUAAAAUUAGCACCCAAUUAUAAGUUACUUCAUACUGAUGAGAUAAAUAAAUAGUUUCUAUAUACUUUUGAGUGAAAUAAGGGAUAUAAAAUGCUUCUUCUGGUGAAGUAAAUGCACUUUCGGUCUCAUAUUCAUAUGAUAGCUUCUUUCAUACUGAUUCCAAAAAUAUAAAGUUUUUUUAUACUUUUGCUUGUUAGCCAGGAGAUAGUUGGCCACUUCCGGUUGAUGGAAAGUCACUUAUAGUCUUUUGUGAUAAGUUAAUUUAUAUAAAUUACAAAAUCCAUGGAUUUCGAGUACUUUUCCAUGUAAAAAGUGCAAAAAAUGGCUACUUCUGGGUUUCUGAAGGUCACUUCCGGUUAUCAUUUUUCAAGGUCAUAUGUCACCCAACCUUUU